ACCGGGCUGACACUGUGCUUGCACUAUUUUUGGAGAUUGUCAAGGUACAUGGCCUCCCAUGCCGUUUACGUGGAGAUCAUGGUGUUGAGAAUGUACGGGUUGCUGAAGAGAUGGAGGAGAAGCGAGGGCCAAAUCGUGGAUCAUAUAUCUGGGGCAGGAGUGUUCACAAUAUCCGCAUUGAACGCCUAUGGCUCGACUUUACCCAAGGAAUAGGUGCCAAGUGGAAGACAUUUUUUCAAAAGUUGGAGACUUGUGAUGGUUUAGAUCCAGAUAUUCCUGCACACAUUUGGCUGCUUCAUCACCUCUUUCUGGAUGAGCUCAAUGAUGAGAUUCACCAGUGGGCAGAAACAUGGAACAAUCACAAGAUAUUCACUCCAGGACUGGGUAACAAAUCUCCACAACAGCUCAAAUUCUGGAGUAUUCUAAAGGAUGGAGGCCGUGGCUUGCCAGUACCUGUGCAAGAGCCUAUCUCAGAGGAGGAGAUUCCAGAGUAUGGUAUUGAUUGGAAUGACUAUGCUAAUCCAGCUUUACAGGCUCAUCACAAUAAUGCUAAUGCUUCAGAUGUUUUAGGAAAUAAUCCUUUUGUGAUCUAUCAGCCUGAGACUCUACAUAAUGUAGAGGUCAAUGAGCCAAAUUGUCCACUUUCUGCUGCUCAGGUUGUUCAACUAGAUAACUAUAUUAUGACUUUAGAUGAUGAUACUACAAUGGCAGCCAGAAAGAAGGUGUGGAUUCUAGCAUUAGCUUUUUGUAUAAACUUGAUGAGAGAAAAUUAGAUGCUUAGAAGUAGUGCUCCAUAUAUUAGCAGCUAGCUAUUGAAUUUUUUUUUUUUUUUUUGCUAUUGAAAGGUCUAUAAAUCUGGUAAGACUAGUAAAUUAGCUUAUAUAUUGAUUACUCAAAAUCUUGCACUUGAAGUUUAUUGCUUAAAUGUAGUCUGUAAUGAUUCACAAGACUCAGAUGAUUAA